AUGUCACCCACAGGAGAAUAUUACCGCCUUCUUUUGCGGUACUUCCAAGAUCUUUGGCCCGAUCUUGACCUUGUAACAGAGUUUGCAAACCACCCAGGGCAGGCAUUUGUGGCCGAACGGGUUGCUCGUGCUCUACCUUACAUCCGCAAGGAUGGCAUUCGAUACGGAUGUGCUUCGAACCGUCGCACUCAAGCUGACUGCUAUGCCUUUAUCAUUGAAGAUCAGGCCCGCCUUCCGGUAAAAAUUGAAGCACUGCUAGUCGUCAAUAUCCCUGGAUGCCACAAGCCACCUCAUGUGUGUGCAAUAGUGAAACGGCUUCGAGCGGACGAAAAUAUCCCCAUACUUCCAUGGGAUCACAUGAGUUCAACCCUUGGUAUUCAUACCUCAUACCACGAUGAGUUCUGGGGACUUGAGGUGAUCUCAGCAGCUCAAAUUGAUGCGCCUCUAGCCAUGGUCUCGGUAUACUCAAGUGUAAUCGAGCGGCAAUUAUCAAUUGCUAUUUCGUUUGAUCAUGCAGGAACAGAACCCGAAAAUCUAGACGACUAUGAUGUCUAA